AUGGAGAACAAACAGCAAAGCAAUGGUGAGAUGAAGGAAAACAAGGUGGUGAAGAAAAAAAUGAACUGGUCUGGGAGUCUUAUUGUAGCCUCUUUAACUGGUGCAUUUGGCUCGUCUUUCCUUUAUGGAUACAAUCUCUCGGUGGUGAACGCUCCCGCGGUGUAUAUCAAGAAGUUUUACAAUGAAACUUGGGAAAGAAGAUACGGCUUCUCAGUGGAUGAAAGCACAUUAACUCUCCUCUGGUCCAUAACUGUUUCUAUUUUUGCCAUUGGUGGCCUUGUGGGUGCCAUUAUUGUUACUCCAAUUGUGAAGUUCUUUGGGCGGAAAUGUACUCUGCUGCUCAAUAAUGUAUUUGCAGUGACAGCUGCAUUGUUGAUGUCCCUCUCCUUGCUGGCAGGGUCAUUUGAAAUGCUCAUACUGGGCCGUGUUAUAAUGGGUGUUGAUGCAGGCAUUUCUCUGAGUGCCCUUCCCAUGUAUUUGAGUGAAAUAUCUCCUAAGGAAAUCCGUGGUUCAUUGGGUCAGGUCACAGCCAUUUUCAUCUGUGUUGGUGUUUUCACUGGUCAAGUUUUGGGGCUGCCAGAAAUAUUUGGGCAAGAAUCUCGGUGGCCUUACUUAUUUGGAGCCAUCAUUGUGCCUUCACUGAUACAAGUUGUGAUUCUGCCUUUUCUUCCUGAAAGUCCUCGUUACCUCCUACUUGAAAAACAUGACACAAGCAGAGCAGAGAAAGCAUUUCAGACCUUCCUUGGGAAAGAUGAUGUGUCCCAUGAAGUAGAAGAGGUUUUGGCAGAGUCUCGAAUCCAAAGAAAUACCAAGUUAGUGUCGGUACUUCAGCUGCUGCGAACCCGCGCUGUGCGAUGGCAGGUCCUUACGGUGGUCAUCACCAUGGGCUGCUACCAGCUCUGUGGGCUAAAUGCUAUCUGGUACUACACAAACAACAUCUUUAGUGAAGCUGGGAUCAAUCGUGAAACAAUCCCCUAUGUUACUCUAAGUACUGGUGCUGUUGAGACUGUAGCUGCUGUUUUUUCUGGCUUAGUUAUUGAGCGGCUGGGACGCAGGCCUCUUCUCAUCGGAGGUUUUGGGUUGAUGAUUGUCUUCUUCGCAGUCCUUACUGUCUCUCUGACUUUGCAGAACACCGUGUAUUGGCUUCCUUACCUCAGUAUAUUUUGCAUCCUUGCAAUCAUUGCAUCAUUCUGUAUUGGACCAGGUGGGAUUCCAUUUGUCCUCACUGGGGAGUUUUUCCAGCAGUCACAGAGGCCAGCUGCAUUCAUGAUAGCUGGGACAGUCAACUGGCUCUCCAACUUCGCUGUCGGACUGCUCUUCCCCUUCAUUCAGAGUGGUUUACAGACCUAUUGCUUCCUCGUGUUCGCCGCCAUUUGCUUUGCUGGAGCUACCUACCUGUUUUUUGUCCUGCCUGAAACAAAAAAUAAGACAUUCCAUGAGAUCAGCCAGGCAUUUGCCAAGAGGAAUAAAGUGUCUUUAGAAAUGCAAGAAAUGAACCACUACCCAGGGGAGAGGAAAUCCAGUGAAGAACAAGAAUCAAACUUCACAUCUUCAGUGGACAAUGGGGAAACCAAGAAAGGGAUUGUGUAAGCCCAGGAUGCUCUUUCAGGGGAUGGGGGGAAACCUGCUCUUUCCAUUCAGUAUGUUUGUAGCAGAGCAUGACUUGUGUUUUUUAUGUGAUAGCAUGAAAUGCUUCCCCCUUGAAUGUUUUAAGUGAGAACUGUUGAACUUGUUAGAAGCUAGAGUGAUGGUUGAGGAAAUGAGAGGCAGAAGAGGGAGCAGCUGAUUAAAUAAAUAAGAGCCAGUUUUCUUGGCACCUGGGAAAUAGGUGCUGUGAUGAGUGGGUUAGGAAUAUAGAUUCAGGGAAGUAAAGUGGUGGUGGGGAGCCAGGCUUGAUAGCAGCAGCUGGCUGAGUAGCCCUGUGUGCUCAGGAGGAGGUGGGUGUGCAGUCACCAGAGAGGAGGAGAAAGAAGGAAAAUGGAAGAGAUUCAAUAGAGGUCUGC